CCUCGGUGAGGGGGACCGCGAGAGAAGGUGACCCCUUCCACGGGGGCGGAGUUCCGCUGGCGCCUCUCAGCUGCGAGCGAUGCCUGCGCUGCGCGGAGCCGGCGCUGCCCUCUCGAGCGCGGCUGGCUCCUUCUUCCGCCGGCUCGCCUCCCCCCAGGUGAGCGCCGCCGCCGCGGGAGCCUCGGGAGUCGGCAGGCGGCUUCACAAGCGCGCCGAGCCGGUGGAGUCGGGGCGUCGUUUGCACGCGCGUUGCUUUUGCACCCAAGGGCGAUUCCGUGGAGGCUGCAGCCCGAGUCAUACUUGCUCGGGGUCAAAGCCCCGCAGAAGCCAGCGGCACCGUCACCUCUGGGCGUGGGGUCAAUUGAGCCCGUAGCCCGAGCGACUUCUGCUCCCGAAUUCGCAUGUGCAUCAGUUGAGACACGUGUUGAGUCUCUCUGCUCGCAUUGGGAAAGCAGAGCACGCUGCAGUACUUUAGUACUCCUGAUUAUGGACGCAACUGAGUUUAGAGGUGGGGGGACGGGACGAAUCACGCUUAUGUGCGUGUUUGCGGCAGAGAUUUUGAGCAGAUUUUCAUGCCCCUCACCAGGGAAUCCUGGGACUUGCCUGUCCCUUACCAGUCUACAGUUUCUAUUAUUCUUUGGGCAAAAACCUUACCCCACAUGUGCUGGCUCGACCCAUUCCGCAUUUGUAAGAAUAAAGUCGUUUACUGUGGCGGCACCUGCACUUUGGAGCUCCGUGCCUCCUGUUGAGAUCAAGCAGGCGCUUUCACUGUAUUCUUUGCUUAGAAAGUUGAACUAAUUCUAACCUAUUUUAGUAUUUUAACUUUUGUAUGUUUUGAAUUAGAGCUGUAAUUUUUUUAAAAAAUACUGUUUUUAUCAUCGGCCUUGAGGGUUUUAUUUUUUCUCCAAUCAAGCGGUGUAUACAUUUUAUGAAAUAAAACAAAAGCCAUGACUAAUAUUAAACUACUUACAUGAGUAUAGAUAACAUGAUUUGUAUAAUAGAGUUGGGGGCAGCGGAAACCCGCAAACCGAUGAGUUCUGUCUUCUUGCUACAAGCCAGGCCAGCGGCUACUAACCAUGAUGGGUAUCUUCUACCUCCAGUGGCAAAGGCAACAUGCCUGUGAAUACAUGUUGUACUAUUGUGCUGCUUCUGGGCUUCCCAUCGGCAUCUGGUUGGCCCCUGUGAGAGCAGAAUCCUGGACUAGAGGGGCCUUUGACUUGUUCCAGCAGGGCUCUCCUCAUGUUCAGCCAUCAACCACAGAAGUGCCCACAAUGGCACAUCAAGAGCAGAGAGGCCAAACUGCUGAUCAAAUAAUUCUUACGACUCAAGGAAGUGAGCCAUAGGACAAGCCAAAACUCAUCACCACUCCCACCCUGAUCACAUUUCCAUUAGUCAUUUUGACCUGGGAAACUCAAAUACGUUGACCAUUCGAAACCUGUGUGUGCCAGAAGGUGGACUUGUAUAUAGCAAAAACCAGAUGACCGAAAUGCACUUGGGAUGCACCCAUCUGCUCUGCUAAAUGACCAGUAGCCUUUGGCCUUCUCUGAACUGCCACCUGGUGGCGACUCUUCCAUUAGGCUUACUGAACCAUUACCUUCCUAGCUGGUCAUUAUAAGAGCUGUAGCAAAACGAGACAAGUGUGUGUCCUGCUUUCUGCAGCAUGUUGUGUGCAGAAAUGAAACUUGUGCAUCUCCAUCUUGUGGAGUCAAUUGGGGUCCAGAUACAGGAAGAGCUUGAGCUUCUUCCUGCUUCUGUCACCUUCUGCAUGCCAAGAUAGGGUUCUUGGGCUGCAACCAGGAAGCUCCCCACAAUGCCUUUAAUUCCACCUGUGCCCUGGGAAAUGAGGCUGCAGGGAUGUUUGCUGGUGGCCAGCUGCUGACUGCAGUAAGCCUGUUCACUAAGCUUGCUGCCCUUUCCCUUUAAUAAUCUUCAUUCUUUCCACCACUCCCACCCCACCCUGAUCACAUUGCAGAUAAGGAUCUGUUCAACUGCUUCAGCAUCUUCAGUCCGGCCAGUGAUCGCAGCCAAACAACCCUUUCCGGUGGACCUAGCAGCAGGGAAGCGUUAUGCAUGGUGUGCCUGCGGUCACAGCCAAAAGCAGGUAAACCACCUGUAGUCCUUCCAGAUUUCCCUCUGUAUAAAAAUCUUGUGAAAUAAAUAAAUAAAAUGCUGUAGUUCUUGUGUCUAUGGGAACAUGGUUUCCAAGAACAGAGAGGUUUCAGAAAUCAUUGCCUCAGCCCAACCAAAGUACCACUCAAAAAGUGGUGCUGGUUUUAUUUACACAGUCCCAACUAAUCUGCUAGGACUCUGAUGGAUCAACACCAAAACUGUAAUGGAAGCUCCAUUGGCAGUGUGAUGGGUGUGAGCGAGGGGGUUGUUUUGUGUUUUUAAAAAACUCUUACUUUUGUUUUGCUACGACAGCCAUUCUGUGACGGGUCCCAUAAUAGAUGUGCCCCGGAAAUCUCUCCCCUGAGAUUCAAACUGGAGGAGGCAAAAGAGGCCUGGCUUUGUGGCUGCAAAUACACCAAGAACCCUCCAUACUGUGAUGGCACCCACAAAGAAGAUUUUGUGCAGAAAGCUGAUCUCCAUUCCCAUCCACAGUUGUGCUGAAGGAAGGAGAGAUCUUCAUAUACAGGGUUUCAAAUACAGAAACUGACUGAACAAAUCAAGCAUGCGGUACAUGUAUGUGCAGGUGUGUUUCAGUGGCUGGGAAUUUGCCGCUUUCUGUCCCUCCACCCCCAUUUCUUUAAUCUUAAUUGAACUUUCUUUGAAAAUAUAAAUUAUUUUUUCCCGUAAUUCUGAAUACCUUUGAGAUUCCACCCCCACCCAAGCAAUCAGUGACCUCCCUCUUCUUGGGUGGUGCCAUUUUAGUUAUAUCAUGCUUGGCACUCACCACUAGAUUUGAGAAAUAGAGAGAAUAGCUAGGUUUGUUCCGUAGCUAAAUUUGCUUGCGUGAGCAUAAUGAGGUUUGCUGGCAUCAAAGUCCACAGGGCACAGCCUUCGAUGUCCUUAGAACAGUUCUGCCACUCGGCGGAAUGCCAGCUUCCUAGGCGUCAUCUCUGUUGAUUAAGAAGCCAGCCCUAUCAGCAAUUCAGUGUUCCAGCCACAUCAGGUACAAAGACCUGUGACGGGGCAGAGUGCAGAAGAGGAAAGUCAGAUUUCAUCAUGCCAGGCUGCUUUCUGGCAGUCAAUCCUAGCUACUUGUUUUAACUUCUUAGUGACAUCUCGUUGGCACCUGGCUGUCUCAGGAGAAUGAGUGCACCUUUAGGAGUGAAGUCAAACUGUUGGAAGGUUACUAUGCCUGCCAUAGCUGUAGAGACUGAUAUGGGACACUUGUUUUGUUGCAGCUGGGGCAGAUGAAGGCGUCCAGUUGUGCUGCUGCAAAUACACCAUGUUUCUUCUGUCUUCCUACCAGCGGUCAUUCCUCCUAUGCUCACUGCUAUGGAUGCAUGACCUGACCGCCUCUCUGCAGGCACUGGGGUUGUCUGCAAGGGAUUCCCACAGCAAGGUUAAUGUUGCCAGCUGUCAAGUCUUGUUUGCAGACAUCUCUAUAUUCUCACAGUUCUAGGAGUAAGGCAGAUGUAGGGAACCUUCAUCCCUCCAGCUGUUCCUGAACUAUAACUCCCAUCCUCCCUGGCCAUUGCCAUGCUUGACUGGGCCUCAUGGGAAUUAUAAGUCUUAUUAUUGCUUAUUAAAUUUGUUCAGCAACAUCUAGGGACAAAGGUUCCCCACCCCCUGGAGCAAGGGAUUCCAAUGGAACUUGAGUUUCUUCAACUUAUUAGAAAUUAGAAGUGCUUCUCUUAUUCUCAGUACUCUUUUCCAGUUCUUAAUGCAAUAACAAACUUGCAUGUGUUUACAGGAUAGUCAAAGGGCAUCAAGGCUGAGGAAGAAAACAGGAAAAGGGCAAGAGCUCUUCUGUCAUCGAGAUUUUUGUACGGUUACUCAACUUCCUGGUCAGCUCACACAUUCCAGCAUGUUCCCACUGUGUGCUAAUGCAGGAAGCAAAACUGCUGCUCCUUGACCCACUUCCUGGAAGCUCGCUUUUCCCAGGAGCUUUUGACCUAUCCUAGGAACUGUUUCUCACAGAACCCUGGAGAACCUGUGUUGUAUCAGGAAGGCUUAGGAUGAAAAAACGUUCCAGUGGUUUGUACUAAAAGGUUUUCAGAAAGUAAAAGAAGAAUUGGGACUUGGGAAGUGUUGUAAGUACUCAAGUUUUAUUGGCAUUUAAAAUAAAAUAAAUAAAGCACCACGGUUUAAAAAAAACAA